AUGUCUAAAACAUUUCAUUUUGUACUCUUCAUAGUUAUGACUUUGGGAGCUGAAUGGUAAACAGGUUUAGAUUAUGUGAUCAAAAACUAACCUUAAUUAACACUCACUAGUAAUUAUCCAAUUCAUACACAAAUUGAAAUCAUAUUUGAUAAGCAAUUCUCAGAGUAUGUAUCUCUCUUAAAAGAGUGCCUGAAGUAUUGCUCAUGUUUGAAUAAGUAACUUUCGAAUCAAUGUUGGAUGUUGACAUAAAUCUUUCAUUAGGACAAGUGACCAAAUCUGGUAGAAUAUUUAAGCUCUCCAUUUUUAGGUUUUGAAUUAAGAUAUCGUUUAGGAGGACCUGCAAGAGUCUAAUAACUUAAAGUUAGAUGGGUAGCAUUUGUAGAUAAAAAUGUAUAACUUACCUAUCGUGAAUUCAAUUUCAUGUAAUUAAGGGAACUUCGUCAAGGUAUUAUAAUACUACAUUAAUAACAAGGUUUUGGUGUGAGAGAAGAUACAUUUACUCAUCCUAUUAAUGCUAACAUAUAAUCUCCUAAAGUUAGUGCUUUUCUUGUGGGAUUCAAAAUUAAUCCAGAAAACGGACCAUAUGCAUUAUAAAUACAUUGUGUUUUGGAUUCAGAAAUGCAAAAUGUCAAUUUAAAUCUUAAAACUAAAGAUACUACUCAUGUAAGAUAUGUUAAAGUUGCUUUGAUUCUUGUUGGAACAGGAUCAAAAGCCAUAACCAAAUAAGGUGGUAUAGAUUCAAGAGGUUUCAAUUACUUUGAAGUAAUUAUAUUAUUGAUUCUUAAAAGGAAUAAAGCACUACUGGAAUAAGAAGAAUUGAUUAUAAAUAAGUUGUUCCUGAUACUUUCUUAACAGCACCUUAAGACAAUAUUCUAAGUUAAGGACUGAGAGGUUUUGAGGCAAAUAGUACUGAAAGCGAAAUUAUUUCAAUGAGUUUAGAGAAGUAUCAUGUAUACGAUGAGAAUUAUGAGAUGAACUUUGGCCCAUGUAUGGAGUACUUUUCUAUUAAGAGUGAAUGGCACUCUGAUCUACAGUCUAGAUUUUUCCAUAUUGUUGCACGAACCAACCAAAAUAGAGAAAAUGACAAUGAGUCAUCUACGUAGAAGAUGA